CUCUCUCUCUCACACACUCACACACACAAAGUCCCUCUCUCUCUAGUCUCUUCAAGUGUCAUUUUCUCACAUAUACUUCACACAAAAGAUACAACCAUUCACUUAAUACCUUGUCAUCUCUCUCUCUCUCUAGAACUCCACAACUACUCCCAAUUCACCAUUGAUUAGACAAAUCUCAUCUCAAGAAAUCUUUAGAGGGGAAACAGAAAACCUUCUAUCAUCAUUACCAUCAUCAUAGAUCACACAAUAGAAACAAGAGCCUCUAGACCCAAACCCAUCACUAUUACUCUCUCACAACACCACCAUAGCCAAGGUUAACAACAACCUCACCUUCAAGAUUGUUGAAAGAACUAGCUCCAAGUCUUUCUAUCAACUCACUAGCUUAGUUCUUGACCAUUUGGUGGUCACAAGUAGCAAAGAUUGAGAUUUUGGUAAGUGAAAUGGAGCUCUUUCCAGCACAACCAGACUUGUCUCUACAAAUCAGUCCACCCAACACCAAACCCACUUCAAAAACAUGGAGAACAUCAACACCACAAACUGAUCAAGAUCAUCACAAUGAUUUAGAUUUGGGUAAUUUGUGGAAACGAGCCUUAAACUCGCAACAUAUGCACCAACAUCAACAACAACAACAACACCAGCAGCAACAACAACAACAACAACAACAUGGCUCAACAAGAAGACUGGAACCCUCUUUUGGGUUAGCCUUAUCGAACCCUGGUUCGACUCACUCGACUCACUCCGACCUAACCCAUUUCCAUAACCUCCUCACCCAAAACACCAACACGGCUACAUCUAACAUCUAUCCGUACCAACAACACCAAAACCAUCAUCAUGGGUUUAGCUCAGAUUUAGGUUUCUUGAGGCCCAUAAGAGGGGUUCCAGUUUAUUACCAGAAUGCCCCUCCUCCUAAUUUCCCUAUACUAGCUAAUCCUCAUCAAAAGAACCAACCUUUGUUAGAUUCUUGCACUAAUUCUACCACCACAAGUUCUAUAAUACAUGGCAAUAAUAUUAACAAUAUUGUGCGAUCAAGAUUCUUGUCCUCAAGGUUUCCAUCUAAGCGCAGCAUGAGGGCGCCUAGGAUGCGGUGGACUACUACUCUUCAUGCUCGGUUUGUUCAUGCUGUUGAGCUUUUGGGUGGUCAUGAAAGAGCAACACCCAAGUCAGUUCUUGAGCUAAUGGACGUGAAAGAUCUAACUUUGUCGCAUGUUAAAUCUCACUUGCAGAUGUACCGAACCGUAAAGACAACUGAUCGUGCACCAGCUUCUUCAGGGCAAUCUGAUCUUUACGAAAACGCUUCAUCCGGGGAUAAUUCUGAUGAUAUCCUACUUGACAUUGGUAACCCAAGAACCAAAGAAUUAUCAGCUGAAAAUGGAGGAAGGUCUAGUGUUCACCAGGAGAAAGAUUAUCAGUAUGGUCUAUGGAGCAAUUCUUCAAGGGAAGCUUGGCUGCAAGGAGAACAUAGAGAUUCUGAAGGAAACAAACCUUCUCUUGAGAAGGAAAUGAAUUCAAAAGGUCUGAAUUAUGAAAGACUGUCAGAAGUUAGCUCAUCAACCGCCAAGAAGCCCAAUCUGGAGUUCACAUUGGGAAGGCCACAGUGACAUGUGACAAUGAUGAUCACCAUCAUCACCAUCAUCAUGAUCAUAUAUAUAUGAGUGUGUGUAUGUAUAUAUAUGGACCGUACUACUACUACUCAUUUUGAUAUAAUUGUGUUUUUGAAUGGGAGCUAGUGAAAGAGAAUCAGGUACCACUGCAAAAAUCAGGAGAGAAAGGAAAGUAACGAAAAGAAAAAGAGAGCUAAAGUAAGACAAGGAGACAACAACGACAGAAAGCAACGUAAGGGUGGAGGGUUUGAAAAACAUGUCCUUCCUAUCAAAAUUGUGAGACAUCCAUAUCACCUUUUUAUGAUAAUAAUUAAUAUAUUAUUACAUUUUCAUCAUACAAUGUUCCUGGCCGGUAUGAAGAGUUAUGAUCAAUGAAAUCUAGUUAAUUUUUGUAUCAUC